GGAGCUUUGGCUCGAGCCACUUGAGGGCCGAGGCGCUCAGGUCUGCAGCGGGGGCGCAGGCCUUGAGAGAGGCGCAUCCAGGGGAAUGACGAUGGGGAGCUCUUCGACUUCGUGUGGAGCAACGUGGAGACAGCGCCGGGGUUGCGCACGGCCUCCGACGCGCUCUCCCUGGCGCCCUCGGCCGGCGCCGCGGCGCCCGCGAUGCGCCGGCUGCGCGGCAAGCAGCCGCUGGCUCCAGGCAGCACCGUCACCGUCAGCCUGGUCUGGUCGCCCUGCCGCCGCCUGGUGGGGAAGCAGCCGCCGCCGCCGCGGCUGCCCGCUGCAGCGGGUGGGCGGUCGCGCGGUGCGGCCGGGGUGCGCGCGACGGGCGCGGCGAUCCGCGGCCACUACGACCGCCUGGGCUUGCGGCGGCGCGCCAGCGCUGCGGAGGUGAAGGCGGCGUACCGCCAGCUGGCCCUGGCCACGCACCCCGACAAGGGCGGCGACCCGCGGCUCUUCCUAGAGAUCACGGCGGCGUUCGAGGAGCUCUCUGACGAGGGGCGCCGGGCGGCGUACGACCGCAACCUGGACCUUUUCAAGAGCGGGGACGGUGCGUUCGAGGAGCCCCCCGCGGGCCCUGGCAGCAGGGCGGCGCCCGCCGCCGACGUGGAUGCAGCAGGCCAGCGCCACGCGCAGUACGGCGCCGCUCGCGCCAUUCUCGAGGGCAUGCUGCGCGUGGCGACCGCAGGGUCGGCCGUGGCCGAGACGAAGGCGUGGGCUGCACAGCUGCAGGCCCUGCCAGACGUGGUCCUGGAGGCGCUCUGCGACCUACUGCUGUGCUGCGGCGCCAACAGUUCUAGGGGCGCCAGUGAGGGUGGCGCAUGCCCACUGCUUCCAGGCCCUGCGUCUGGGCCCCGGGAAGGCACCUCAGCGAAAGCCAAGACGCCAGCGGCCUUUGCAGGCGGAGGCGGCGGGCGGCCACGCUGCAUCCACUGGCAGAAGGGCAGCGGCUACAGCGUUCACGUGUCCUGGGGAGGGCUGACCGUGAGCACGCCAGGGACGCCAUCGCUGGCGCAGGCUUUGGACUGGCAGAUCGCGCUCGCAGCGGCCCAGGGCGCAGCGCAGUCGCGCCUACGCGCCGCACGCACGCGUGCACCCCAUGGCACGCCUACAGACCUGCUGACCGAGUCGGAGCUUGGGGCCGCUUUGGAAGCCGAACCAGGGCUGCGGCCGAUCUUCUCCGUGGCCCUUGGGAGGCCUGGCGCUGGCAGCAAAGGCGCGCUGCUGCGCACUCCAGGGGUUCACUGCCUCGCGCUGGCCAUGGCCUUCCACCGCCGGAUAGCAGCACUGCUCGACGCCCGUGCUCCCGAGGCCGCCCUCCGCCGGGAGCGCGACAGGUCGGUACUGGAAUCGAACCGCCACCGGCGCGAUCGCAAGGCAGCGGAGAAACGGCUGACGAAUGCGGUGCUGAAGGAGGUGCAGCGCCGCUCCUCGGCCCGAGCGGACCGGCGCGGCAUCGAGGACGCAGCGUGCACCGCCGGCGGCACGGGCACCCCGACGCCCCGCCCGCCUGCGGGGCCCUGCAGGGCGAGGCGGGGGGGUGCGCCCGACGCCGCGGGGCGCCGCGGCGGCGCGGAGCUCGGGCUCGGGGCGCCCGCCGCGGGGCCGGCAGCCCGGCCGGAGCUUGACGAGGACAACAUCUUGUUGGCCCCGCUCCAUCCGAACAUACUCGGGUCCGAUCACCUGGAGCACGCCGAUUUCUUGCUGCAGGCCAGGCAGCUGCACGAGGACGGGAUGGCGUUGCAGGACAUCGCCGAUCACCUCAACGCCGAGCUGCGGAACCAUUGGCUGCGGCGGCGAGCCAGCGUCGGCAGCAAGGACGGGGCUCUCAGCCAGCAGGCUGGCCCGACGGGCACCGAGAAGCGCGAGGAGCCCCCGGCCAUCACGACCGCGGACGUGGAGCACACCCUGAAGGCGGCGAGGGCCAUGGACGCGUUCCACCGGCAGGCGAGCGGCGCGAGCGAGGGCGUGGCGGCGAGGGGGAACAGCAGGGGCAGCGCUGGCUGACGCCUGCGCGCGCGACGGCCGCCCGCCCUCGUCCGGGGUCUCCCUCCCUUCCAGGCUCGUGCGCCCACAGAGCGUAACGGCCGCGCCUGCCAUGCAGCUGUAGUUAUAGUGGAUGUUUAGCGUCUAGCGCUUUGUGUGAUGGCACCGGGUUCGCUAGCAGACUUGUGCUGACCAUUGCGGGGCGCGGCUUGCACAUAUAUGCGCUGUGCUUACGUUUCUGCCUCCUCCGUCUUUGUUGUAGAUGCUGUUCAGGCUGGCAGGCGGUGCCGAUUUGUUAGAGGCAGUCUAAGACUUGGCGUGUCCACGCAUAUUUUACCAGCGGGGAUGCUCUCUCUGUCCACGCCGCCUUCGUGCCCCUCCCUCUCUCUCCCCCGCGGCGCGCCGCCGAACACGUCGCCGAGGGCGGCCGGCUCUGCCUGGCCCGUCAAAGCGCGGGGAGGCCGACGCUGGCCCGUGCUCGCCUGGCGCUCGGCAGCCGCACGCGCGCGGGCUGCCGCCCACCUCGCGGCGCGCGGCCGCGCCCAGGGCUUAACGAAGCGACAAUGGGCGCUCGCGGUCCACAGCUCGGCCCGCCCGCCCGGGGGGGUCCGUGGGCGUCCGGGCCUUCCCGGAGCCCCUCGGGUCACGAGCAGAUCACGG